GGCCAUGAUGAGCGGCUCUCGUCUCUUGUCUACUCUCCAGAAGGCUCGCGUCUCGCCACGGCAUCCUGGGACUGCACUAUCAUCUUGUGGGACUCCGACGGGCAGCUCGUCCACGAAUGGGUGGCACAUACUGGAUCUGUCCCCUCACUCGCAUUCUCCCCCGAUAGUCGGCAUCUUGCAUCCGGGGGCAGGGACAGAAAGAUCGCGGUCUGGGACACGGGACAGUGUCUCGUCUUCUCAAGAAUGCAUACGAGGCGGGUAACCGUAGUGGCAUUCUCGUCGGAUGGGACGCGCAUGCUGUCUACUUUCUGGGGCGAUACACCGAAGAUCCUCGACACAUACAGCGGCACCAUGAUCCUUUCCCUCGAAGGACACACCGGCGGGGUCGGGGCCGCGUGCUUCUCGCCGUGCGGGAAGCAUGUUGCAUCCGCAUCAUCGGACGAGAAGGUGCGGCUGUGGAGAACGGACGAUGGAUCAUGCAUGGGGAUAUUCUCCGAGCACAAGGACGCGGUCUGGCUCUUAGCUUUCUCCCCGGAGGGAAAGACGCUAUCGUCUGGUGCGAAUGAUGGGUCAGUCGUGAUUAGACAUAUGCGCUAUAUCAUUCCAGUGGAAGACACAAGUGUGUAG